AUGAUUAAGGAUGGUCAGAAGCUUACACCAUACUUCGCCGCAGGUUUUGGCUUCAUGAUGUUUUUUGUGACGGUGACAGUACUAACGGGUGCAAUUUUCAACGAUGCUAUGGAUUGGGGCAAGGCUCUGGUUGCGUUUGGCGCUAUCCUCUGCCCAAUCCUCUCUAUAACAUCAACCUAUGGUAUUAUCUCGUUGUUUGGAAUCCGAACUAACUCCUUCAUGCUUGUCAUGCCAUUCCUUAUCACCGGCAUCGGAGUAGAUGAUGCGUUUCUCAUGAUUCAUUCCUGGCAGCAUUUGGCCCUUCAUGCAAGUAGUGUCAGCGUUCGUCUCGGCCUGGUGUUCGAGGAAGUUGGACCUUCCAUGACAAUCACCUCACUAACUAAUUUCAUUUCAUUUGGCAUCGGUGCUCUAACUCCUACUCCCGGUGAGUAA